AUGAAGGCAUCCCUCGAGCUCCGGGAGGAUCGGAGUCCCCUGUUGCGAGCCAAGCUCCCUUUCACCGCCCUCGGCCUCCCUUUCCUCUCUGCCUUCACAGCCGGCGACCCCCGCGACCUCCGCCUCGACCUCAGCACCGCCUUCGACGCCGGCCCCGUCGUUCGCCUCUCCUACCGCCCCAACGACACCCGCAGCCCCGUCUGUCUCGCCGUAAGGAUGGGGACCGGGGCCCUCGGCUCCCCGAUCGCCGCCCCCUUCGGCAUGUGCGCUGAGUUCAACCCCCUCGCAUGGGGCGGAGGCAGCCCCUUCUUCUCCGUCGUUUUCAAGCCCCGCCUCGGCGACUUCUCCCUCAAAAGGAUCGCUCGAUCCGGAUCAGGCACGCCUCCGCCGCAGGCUGGCUUCGGAUCCACAGUUCCGGAGAAUGGUUUCCACGACGGUAAGAGCGUGAACGGGUUCGGCCCCGGGGUCGCCUCCGUCGACGAUGCCCGCAGCCUGCUUUUCGGCACAGAGCUCCGAGCGAGCAGUGUCCUUCCGCUGCGAGGGCCAACGGCCCUGAGGUUCCGCUGGGGGGUAAGGCUGCCGGCGGAGCUCCGCAUCGCGAAUGGCGAGGACCCCGCGGCGGGAGAUGGGAUCUCGUUCCGGAGGCUUCCACAGCUCGUGAUGACUAAGAUCACGAUCGAGCACAUGGUGGAACGUAAUAAGGCACGGGAACAGAAGAGCGAGUCCGCCACCGGGGUGGUGGCCGAGCCGUGGUCGUCGGUGAAGCAGCACCUGGAGGCGUUGAGGGCAGAGAACGGAGUUCUCAAAAGGGACGUGCGGCAGCUUUGUGCCGAGGUCUUCGCGAGAAGGCAGGCCCCGACAUCCGGCGGAGCCCAGGUCAAGGAAUGGAGGGGCGUCGAACGGGGCGGAAAGGCUGAGAUGAGGCCUCCACCACCAUCGGCGCCGACGGAUACCAAAGAUAGGCGAAUCGACGGGAAGUCGCUGCGAACUGGAGUCAAAGCGCGUACGGAGGACGUGAACGAGGAGCUGAAGAAGGCGCUGAUGGCUGCCACCGGCUCCUCCGGGAAGUGAGCACCAACGUCGAACACUUGAUCUGCGCUCAGUGGAAGGUUGUUGAAUUGUAGAUGAGCCGAUAAAUAUGCUACCAUGGUUUUCAAAAUAUACUACCAUGAUUUCA